UUGUAAGUGCAUGCUCUUUUGAUAAAUUCCCUGAGCCCGGGGUUCGGGGAGAUCUGAAUCUAGAAAUCGAAAACGGAGCGAGAAAGAAGAAGCUUACCAUGGAAUCAUCCGAUGCAAAAGGGUGCGAUUGCGAUGAUGUUGACGAUAAUGGUAGCUCCUGCCAAUUGCAACCGUCUACGUGUAUGCAGAAAUUCAGACUAUACGAAACUCGAUCGAACUUUUAUAUGAUUGGAAGGGACAAGAGUAGAACGUAUUGGAGAGUGUUAAAGAUAGACCGGUUUGAUCCUUCCGAGCUAAACAUUCGUGAAGAUUCUACCACGUAUUCAGAGAGUGAAUGCUCUGAGUUGUUGAGACGAAUACAUGAAGGAAAUAUAUCCACAGGAGGAUUGAAAUUUGUUACAAUUUGUUAUGGCAUUGUUGGGUUUAUUAAAUUUUUGGGGCCUUACUAUAUGCUCAUUAUUACGAAAAGAGAGCAGAUUGGCUCAAUUCGCGGUCAUAAUGUAUAUGCGGUUUCAAAGAGUGAGAUGAUUCCUGUUCCAAAUUCAGUUGUUGACUCAAACAUUGCGGACGCUAAAGAUGAGAAUAGAUACAAGAAGCUCCUGUGCACGGUCGAUCUGACAAAGGACUUCUUCUUCAGUUAUUCAUACCAUGUUAUGCGUAGUCUUCAAAAGAACAUGUGCAAUAAUGAGCCAAGUCAGGUUCUUAAUGAGACCAUGUUUGUGUGGAAUGAGUUCCUAACUAGAGGGAUCCGCAAACACCUCCAGAAUACUUUGUGGACAGUUGCAUUGGUGUAUGGCUUCUUUAAGCAGGCCACACUUUCUGUAGCUGGAAGGGAUUUCAAACUUACGCUCAUUGCCAGGCGAUCCCGCCACUAUGCUGGCACCAGGUAUUUAAAACGAGGGGUAAAUGAAAAAGGAAGAGUAGCUAAUGAUGUUGAAACAGAACAGAUAGUCUUCGAGGAUGUCCCUGAUGGGCUUCCUGCAGAAAUAACUUCUGUUGUCCAGAACCGAGGCUCAAUUCCACUCUUUUGGUCACAAGAAACAUCACGUUUGAAUCUUAAACCAGAUAUUAUAUUGUCAAAAAUGGACAAAAAUUAUGAAGCAACAAGACUUCAUUUUGAAAAUCUCGUCAAAAGAUAUGGCAACCCUAUAAUUAUUUUGAAUUUGAUUAAGACACAAGAGAAGAAGCCUCGAGAGUCAAUUCUUCGUCAAGAGUUUGCAAAUGCAAUUGAUGUUAUAAAUAAAGAUUUUUCAGAAGAGAAUCGAUUGAGGUUCCUUCACUGGGAUCUACACAAACAUUCUCGGAGCAAAGCGACAAAUGUGUUGUUACUUUUGGGCAAAGUGGCUGCAUAUGCAUUAAUGCUAACAGGUUUCUUUUAUUGUCGGGUCACUUCAACCUUGAGACCCGAGGAGUGCAUGGCUUGGUCUUCCUUAGAGUAUGAUAAUGAUAUUGACAUAUCACCCCAGAGAUAUUGCAACAAUGUUACUGAUGAUGCUUACAAAUUGGAGAGGAAUUGUUCGGGAUAUAACAAUUGUACUAAUGGAAAUCAUUCUCUCAAGCCUCCAACUUUCCAAAGAGGGGUGCUUAGGACCAAUUGUAUAGACUGUCUGGAUCGCACAAACGUUGCACAGUAUGCAUAUGGAUUGGCUGCUCUCGGGCAUCAACUUCAUGCUAUUGGGAUUAGAGAUACCCCAAAGAUAGAUCUGAAUGAUCCGUUGGCAGAUAAUUUAAUGUGUUUCUAUGAGAGAAUGGGUGACACACUUGCACACCAAUAUGGGGGUUCUGCAGCUCACAAUAAGAUAUUCUCUGAAAGAAGGGGUCAGUGGAGAGCCGCAACCCAGUCACAGGAGUUCUUUAGAACACUUCAACGAUACUAUAGCAAUGCAUAUAUGGAUGCUGAGAAACAAGAUGCAAUUAAUGUAUUCCUUGGGCAUUUCCAGCCCCAGGCUGGUAAACCUGCUCUUUGGGAGUUGGGUUCAAAUCAUCAUUAUAGGGGAAGAAAUGGGGAGACCAUUGUGGACGAAGAUGGAAGGUCAUUUUUCAAAAGAUCAUUUUCUGAUGGAAACAUUCUUCAUCAAACUGGGUCACCUAUGCCAGCCACAAAAGAUAAGCAGGAGAAAUUUACCAAUUCAACUUUGCCUGACCGAUCACAAGGAAGCAAUGGCCUUUCAGAGUCAUCACCCGAGAUAUCAACUUGUGAGAGUGAUAUGUCGUAUUCAAGGUGUACACCCUCUAUGCCUCGAAGGCAGUUGUUUGGAGACGUGCAAAGAGAUCGCUAUCUUGAAACUGGUCAAAUUUUCUUUUCUGGACAUGGGGAUGGAGUGAACUGCUCUAACUUUGUUGACUUAGACUGGCUUUCAUCCUCUGGAAAUUCAUGCGAGGAAGAACCGUAUGAGAGGUCAUCGCUGCUUCAAAGCUCUCCAGGGCUUUCGUCGGAGAAUGUUGUCAAUGGAGUAUUGGGAGAAACAACCCCAUCUACCAGUGAAUACGGAUCGAGUAUGAAGGGAAUGCAGCAGAAAGGAACCGAGGAAUUUCCCGAUAGUUUUGUGCAGUGGGUAAACGAUGGACAUGUGCUUUCCCAUUAAAGUUUUACCCGGUUUCCUCAAACCAAUGACAUCCA